AUGGCUAACGCACAAGCUCAAAUUUUUAUAAACGCUUUAAAUCGUGCUAAUAUAUUCCCUGCACAAUAUAAUAUAAUCCACCCUCAUUGGCGUUCAUCUUAUUUCCCGGGCGGAAUUGAAUUUCGAAGACGUCGAAAGGUGACAUGUCAAAUUUUAUGCCGUAUAAGCGUAAAGCAAGAAGCACUUCGUCUUGGUUUUGGCAACGAUUAUGCUUUAAUAAGAUACUCCACUUUUAUGUUAUGGAAAACUGCAAAUAAGAAUGAAAAACAAA